UAACUACCAUCACUUAUUUUAAUCAAAAUUUGACUUUAUUGAGUCAACUGCUUCCCACCCUUUUUGUUUCAUAUCAUAAACAUGUGAUUUUUGGAGCUCUGAUCAAUCUACGAUUCCAAAAACUAAGUGUUUGUUUUCAAUUACAGGUGGUAUGAAACUAGGGUUCGAAGGUAAAUGGGUUUGAAUCUAGUUUGGGGAUUGUUGUUGGUGGUGGUGUUCUUCAAUGGAUGCUUCAGUAAGAAUGCUAGUGUUCCUUCAAGACCAGAUAUCGUAAAUAUUGGAGCCAUUUUGACUUUUGAUUCCAUCAUAGGGAAAGUUGCUAAAAUCGCGCUAGAGGCUGCUGUAGAAAAUGUGAAUUCUGAUCCAGCUAUACUUAAUGGAACCAAGCUGAAAAUAACCAUUCAUGACUCCAAUUUCAGUGGGUUUGCAAGUAUCAUGGAGGCUUUGCAGUUCAUGGAGAGCGAAAGUGUAGCCUUAAUCGGCCCACAAACAUCAGUCUUGGCUCAUAUGAUCUCCCAUGUGGUGAAUGAACUCCAAGUCCCUCUACUAUCUUUCACAGCCACGGACCCCACACUUUCCUCGCUUCAAUACCCCUUUUUUGUCAGAACUACUCACAGCGAUCUCUUCCAAAUGGCUGCCAUAGCAGAUAUAGUCGAGUACUAUGAAUGGAGACAAGUGGUAGCCAUUUAUAUAGACGAUGAUCAUGGGAGAAAUGGAAUAACUUCAUUAGCAGAUCAGUUAGCUGCUAAAAGAUGCAAGAUCUCCCAAAAAGCUCCUAUUAAGCCCGAAGCAACUCGUGCAGAUAUUAGUGAUGUUUUACUUCAAGUUGCUUUACUGGAAUCAAGAGUUCUUGUUGUUCAUACUUACGCUAAUUGGGGAUUAGAUAUACUUGAUGUAGCUCAACAUCUUGGAAUGAUGGAAAGUGGGUACGUUUGGAUUACAACCAAUUGGCUCUCUACUGUCAUAGAUAUAAGUUCGCCACUUCCCUUAAAAGCGAUUAAUGCUAUGCAAGGAAUUAUUACAUUAAAAUCAUACAUUCAAGAUUCAGAAGUGAAAAGAAAGUUUACAUCUGAAUGGAAGAACUUGACGAAUUUGGGUCUGAGUACUUAUUCUCUGUAUGCAUACGACACGAUUUGGAUUCUUGCUCGUGCUCUUGAUGAGUUCUUUAAUCAGGGUAGAAACGUUUCUUUCUCAAAAGAUCUUCAAUUGAAUAAUCAAUCUUUAGGAGGUUUCUUGAAUCUUGAUUCUUUGAGCAUCUUUAAUGGCGGAAAGAUGUUGCUUGAAAACAUCUUAAGAGUCAAGAUGAAUGGAACAACAGGAUCAACUGAGUUCACUUCUGAUAAAAAUCUGGUUUUUCCUGCUUUUGAAGUUAUAAAUGUGAUUGGUACUGGCGUUAGACGAGUUGGGUAUUGGUCAAAUUCUUCGCAUCUGUCAAAAUCUCCACCAGAAACAGUCAAUACGAAGCUUUCAAACAGUUCUACUUCAUCUGAGUUGUUAUAUAGUGUAAUUUGGCCUGGUCAAACGAUUAAAAAACCACGUGGAUGGGUUUUCCCACAAAACGGCAAACAGUUGAAGAUUGGGGUUCCACACCGAGUUAGUUUUGAGGAGUUUGUGGAACAAGUUAGGGGGACUGAUUUAUACAGAGGAUACUGCAUUGAUGUGUUUACUUCUGCAAUAAACCUGCUGCCAUAUGCUGUCCCAUAUAAGUUCCAUUCUUACGGGGAUGGUCAAACUAACCCAAGUAUCACAGAUCUCGUGAGCUAUAUAAAAGCUGGUAGAUUUGAUGCUGCGGUGGGCGAUAUUGCGAUCAUCACUAACCGGACACGAAUGGCGGAUUUUACUCAGCCAUUUAUCGAAUCUGGACUAGUUGUGGUGGCACCAGUCAGGAGGCUAAACUCUGGAACUUGGGCUUUUCUCAGGCCAUUCACUGCUAAAUUGUGGUGUGUUACUGGGAUCUUUUUUCUAGCUGUUGGAGUCGUUGUUUGGAUUCUAGAACAUCGUAAAAACGACGAAUUUCGUGGCCCUCCUAAACAACAGAUCAUCACAACCCUAUGGUUUAGCUUUUCGACCUUAUUUUUCUCCCACAAACAGAACAUGAUGAGCACUCUUGGUCGUAUCGUGUUAAUUCUAUGGUUAUUCGUGGUUCUGAUAAUCAGCUCCAGUUAUACCGCAAGUCUCACUUCAAUCUUGACCGUACAGAAACUUUCUUCUCCUAUUGAAGGGAUAAGUAGUUUAAUAUUGAGCAAAGAUCCCAUUGGAUACCAAAAAAAUUCGUUUGUUAGAAACUAUCUGGUUGAAGAACUUGGCAUUUCCGAAGCUAGACUUGUUCCACUUGGCUUGCCGGAAGAUUACGAAAAAGCCUUAAAAGAUGGUCCUAACAAUGGCGGUGUUGCUGCAGUUGUCGAUGAACGUCCAUAUAUCGAACUCUUCCUUUCGACCCGCUGCCAAUUCAGCAUUGUUGGUCAAGAAUUUACCAAAAACGGAUGGGGAUUUGCCUUUCCACGGGACUCUAAUCUCGCAGUGGAUAUCUCGACGGCCAUUCUAAAACUUUCAGAAAACGGAGAGUUACAACGGAUUCACGACAAAUGGCUAAUACGGGGCGCUUGUAGUUCACAAGGAGCGAAAUUUGCAGUGGACCGGCUUGAGCUAAAAAGCUUCAAAGGCCUGUUCUUUAUAUGUGGGCUAGCUUGUUUUCUUGCUCUUUUCAUAUACUUGGUGCUGAUCAUAUACCAGUAUAUAAAACACAAACCGGAUCUUCCGGAAUCUUCCGGACGUAGCCUCCGAUCAGGCCGGCUUCAGACAUUCAUUUCAUUUGUUGAUGAAAAAGAAGAGUCGGUUAAAGCCCGUUCCAAGAAACGGAUUAAAGACGCAAGUUCACGUAGGAGUAAUGGAGAUGAUUCCUCGGCGAAUGACUAUAGAAGCACGCAGAGAGAAUCGCCUUCGGAAUGGUCACAAAAUGUAGAUCGAUCUUAGUCAUGUUUGCUAUUUCAUGCAUUUUGCCCGAUGCAUCUUUUAUAUGUGAAAGAUCAAAUACAACUUUCUAAUACAUGAUUAGAAUGUGUAAAUACUACUAAAGGGGCUACAAGGUGGUGUAUAUGAGAUUAUAGAACACAUAAAGUAUUGUAUAGCUGAUGUAAACUAGCAAGUAGUUUUCUUAUUUGUAUGUAAAGGUGAAUGAAUCUCUAGGUUCACUUGCAGAAAAGUUAGAUCAAACCAAAUCAAACGAAAUCAGUAUUAUCCCACUUGAAGAAGGGGUCUGAGGGUAUGAUUUACGCAAGCUUAGAUUUAUGCAGAUCUGACCUCUAUGUUAGUCAGAUAGUAGAGCGUUAAAAGUGUAUGAAAGACAGAAAUGCAAAUAUGAUUGAAUUUUGAAAA